UGUGUGGUCGCAGGUUCUAGGAGAUACUAUCGUCACCAUGGCGCCUCUCACAACACUCGUAGUGCUGGGGCUCUUCCUGCUGGUGUCCUGUGAGGACUGCGCGUGGAACAAGGACAAGAACUAUCCUACCAAGAAUCCUCCGCUCAUCCUGGACGCCUCCUUCAAGCUGGUCCUUCCCGUCCUGGAGGGAGAGGACAGAAUGGUCAGGCUCUCAGCAGGCAGCAAGGUUACUCUGGCGUGUCCUGGCAGCUCUCUGACAAAGUUCAAGUCAGAAGCAGUGAAGGCCACGUGUAUAGGGGCUCACCUGCUCGCUGUAGAUGGGAAGGCGUUUUCCCUGAAAAAGCUGAGGUGUAGGAGCCCUGCCAAGUCCACAAUCCGUCGUGAACUGGGCCGCUGUGGUGCUGGAGAUCUGGGACAUCUGCAGGCAAUAGGUUUCGACAUCCCCACCCUGAGCAAGUUUUAUGAAGUGAUCCGCGUCUGUUACGACAAUGAGGCGGACACGACCCUGUACUCAGAGCACAUCAUCCACGGCGCCAACAUCUUGGCCAAGGACGUGGACCUAAAAAGACCGCCCUUCAAGGCCUCCUCCGGAUUCUUCAACGUCUCGGCUAACACCUGCUACACCAAGGCCAAUCAGCUCAAGCUUAUGGAGACGCUUCUCGGUGACUCGGACCUGGCCAAAACCAUGAUCGACUCCCGCAAGCAGUUCUACCUCGCCAGGGGCCACAUGGCUCCUGACGCCGACUUCGUGACGGAGGCAGAACAGGACGCCACCUACUACUACAUCAACGCCGUCCCCCAGUGGCAGGCCUUCAACAAUGGCAACUGGAAGUUCCUGGAAUUCGCUACUAGGCGCCUGGCGGUAGAAAGCAGCAGCAGCCUGAAGGUGUACAGCGGAGGGUGGGGGGUCUUGGAGCUGGCGGACAUCAACAACAACGCCGUCGACAUAUACCUGGGACUGGUACAGAAAAAGGCGCUCUUACCUGCCCCGGCCAUCACCUGGAAGGUGGUGUAUGAGGAGAGCAGACAGCGCGCGGUGGCCAUAGUGGGGGUGAACAACCCCCACCUCAAAGAACCCCCCACCAAGCUGUGCCCUGACCUGUGUAACAGCCUCGCCUGGGUGGACUUUGAUGUGAACAACCUGGUGCAAGGCUUCACCUACUGCUGUACCGUGGACGACCUGCGGCAGGCUGUUCCUCACGUUCCAGACCUCGGAGACGUUGAUCUUUUGACUAUUGACACUACAGAGGGACCAGGGGGCUGCUAGGACCACUCCAAAGACCACAGUACCAGCAAGACCGCUAUAAAUGGAGGAUGCUUGCUGACACUAAAAAUCUAGGCCUUUUUUCUGCAGCACAAAUAAUGUGAAUAAUAAAGAAAAAAAAUGAUUC